AUGGCCAAAAUAGACCAGCUUGAUGCCUUGUAUGCUUGUGUUGGAUUGGUGGGUUCAGAUUUUGGACUGUUGCGGCAUAGGUUUUGCAGGGUGCUAACAAUUACAAGUCAACUUAAGGGAGGUUGUGAAGAAAAUCUCUGGAUUCAGCACUUACUAUCUAAGACUUUGGUGUUCAAUACCAAUGUCCUUGUGGUCCAGCAGAGUCUUUUUGCUGCCAUGAUGGUCCAGUUGAAAAUGGCCUUGUCAAAGAAGGACUUCAUCCUGUUAAUCCAAAGCCAAAACCUAUUGGACAACAUGAUGACAAUUCUAUCCGGAAAGUGGAUUCGUACAUUACUCUUACUGACCACCGUGCUGGAUUUUGUGGUUGGACGGCACGGUUGUGGUAGCAUCAAGUUCAUUGGGGAGACGGAUGUAAGGCGACUUGAUCUUGAGUCUCUUAUCCAGUUUAACAACUGGGAGGUGAUUGUGUAUGUGGACGGGAACAAGAAGCCUCCUGUUGGACAAGGUCUUAACAAGCCUGCUGAGGUGAUGCUUCUCAACAUAAAAUGUUUGAUAAAAAGAAUGGACAUCACUAUACAGAGGGAUUAAGAAUUGAUAAGUACAAAGAGAUGCUCAAAAGAAAUGCUGAGGAUCAAGGUGCUGAGUUUGUGUCUUAUGACCCCAUCAAAGGAGAAUGGAAGUUCAAGGUUAACCAUUUUUUCCUUCCCAUUUUUUGGGAGCCUUUUAAUUGUCUUGGUUUUAACUGUUCUGGGAAGAUAAGAUGAUGUGGUAGGAUGACGUUCAUUGUUUGUAAUACUUAUCUGCUAUUGUUAUAUUUUCUGGCUGGCAUAGGCAAUCCGUGUGUCAAAACGCCAAAGUGGUGAUUUUGCGUCAAACAAAUGUAUCUCUCUCGAAAAUGGAGUGGAUUAACACGUGGGAAUGUCCUUACAAUUUCAUGU